GACGAACAUGGAGACGAAUGGUUGGCGUUAUUACCGAACAUUUUCUUGCCCAAUCUGUGGGUUUCCAUUGCAGAGACUUGAAUUUCAUCCUUCAUUUGCCUCACAAAAACCCAAUUUCUAGGUUACUUUUUGGGUGUCAUCUUCUCUCCAAACCUCUGAAUUCCAUUAUUCUCUUUCAUCUCCAUUUUCCGGAUACAGGCUGGGCCGUCAGAUUUGUUCUUCAACAUUCCCAGAAAUUCAAUUCUUAAGUGGGGCUUCCAUAUUUUUACUAUACACAUCCCUCUCCACGUUGACACUCUCCGAUUACAUAAUGGGUUGCUGUGGCAGCACGCAAAAGCCUCCAAUAUCUGGAGUUAAUGCCUCUGAUUCCGCUACUGGGAUUGCAACCAGAGGUCCUUAUCAAUCUUACCAACCUCACUUCACUGUCCCGGCUGAGAAGGUAUCAGCCCCUCAAACCCAAAUCCCAGCUAACCGAAAUCAGCCUCAACCACCACCACCACCACCACCACCAACGGCGGCGCAUCCGCCGUCAGCUUCAGCUUUCCCCAAACCCAGGACCGUGCAAAAUCACCCAGAAACAAUUCUGGGUAGACCCUAUGAUGAUAUUAGAAAACACUAUACUCUUGGGAAAGAAUUGGGUAGAGGGCAGUUUGGUAUUACCUAUUUAUGUACUGAGAUUUCCACUGGCCAAACAUACGCCUGCAAAUCUAUCCUUAAACGGAAACUUAUUAGUAAGAAUGACAAGGAUGAUAUGAAGAGGGAGAUUCUGAUUCUGCAGCAUCUUUCUGGGCAGCCAAACAUCGUUGAGUUCAAAGGUGCUUAUGAGGAUGGAUAUUCUGUUCAUCUGGUGAUGGAACUUUGUGCUGGUGGGGAGCUUUUUGAUAGGAUUAUUGCGCAGGGUCAGUACUCUGAAAAAGCUGCUGCUGAGAUUUGUCGUGCCAUUGUAAAUGUUGUUCAAAUAUGCCAUUUUAUGGGGGUUAUGCACCGUGAUCUGAAGCCUGAGAAUUUCCUGUUGUCCAGCAAGAAAGAGGGAGCAAUGUUGAAGGCCACUGAUUUUGGACUCUCUGUUUUCAUUGAACAAGGUAAGGUGUACCGUGACAUAGUUGGCAGUGCUUACUAUGUUGCUCCUGAAGUGUUGAGGCGAAAUUAUGGGAAGGAAACUGAUGUUUGGAGUGCAGGAGUUAUUUUGUACAUCCUUCUCAGUGGUGUACCUCCAUUUUGGGCAGAAAAUGAGAAGGGAAUAUUUGAUACCAUACUGCAAGGAGAUAUUGAUUUUGGUAGUGCACCUUGGCCAACAAUAUCCGAAAGCGCUAAAGAUCUUGUGAGAAAAAUGCUGACACAGGAUCCGAGGAAGAGAAUAACUCCUGCACAGGUUCUAGAACAUCCAUGGAUUAGAGAAGGGGGAGACGCUUCAGACAAGCCAAUAGACAGCGCCGUUCUGUCUAGAAUGAAGCAAUUCAGGGCAAUGAAUAAGCUCAAGAAGCUUGCUUUGAAGGUCAUUGCGGAAAACUUAUCUGAAGAAGAAAUUAAAGGCCUUAAAGCUAUGUUUGCAAACAUAGAUACUGACAAUAGUGGCAAUAUCACCUAUGAUGAGUUGAAGACAGGUUUAGCUCGGCUUGGUUCACGGCUUUCAGAGGCUGAAGUGAAGCAACUAAUGGAAGCUGUAACUAAAUACUUACCUCCAAUGCUACUAAUUAGCUGCUUCUUAAGAAUUCUCUCUCAUAGCAAAUUUCCAACUUUUCAGGCUGAUGUUGAUGGAAAUGGAUCGAUUGACUAUAUUGAGUUCAUCUCUGCAACCAUGCAUAGGCACAGACUGGAAAGAGAUGAACACUUAUACAAAGCAUUUCAGUUUUUUGACAUGGAUAGUAGUGGAUACAUAACAAAAGAUGAACUGGAGAAUGCUAUGAAGGAUUAUGGCAUGGGUGAUGAAGUCAGCAUCAAGGAAAUUAUCUCUGAGGUGGACACAGAUAAUGAUGGUAGAAUCAAUUACCAGGAAUUCUGCGCAAUGAUGAGAAGUGGAACAACACAACCAGGAAAACUCUUUUAACUUCAUAGAAGCCAAUUCAGACUUCAAAGCAGUGGGUAUUAUAAUGCGAACGAGUCGCUCAACAGACUCGUGUCCUGACCUGGUGGAUUGGACUGAUUGGCAAGGACUUAUUAAAUUCGGACGUUGUCAAAAACUCAUCAUUCAUUCCUUUUCUAUUUGCUGCCUUAUCUUGAGUGUAGUACUUCAAUGAGAAGUAGAGGUAACUUUUGUGUAUAUGUAGCCUGUUCUCUUUUUAUCUUUCAGCUGUUACCUAAUAAGGAUCUUGCAAGAGCAAGCUAAUGAUUUUUGUUCUUGA